UAAAAUGGUUAGACAGUUGUCUAUUGUUUCUUUCGUUUAUGAAAAUUGCGAUUAUAAAGAUUUUAUACGGACUGGAAGAAAGUAUCAGCCUGAUGCUCAAGAAUGUGCGGUCUCCAUUUCUUCAAUGACUAUGACGUAAGAGGUAAAAGGUCACGGAUGUCACCGACUCGCCGGCUAAAAACCGGCAGAAGUAGUUAACUCCAGGCUGUCAGGUUACACGUUUCGAUAGGAAUUUCAUGGGCAUUAUUGGAUACCGUGUUGAUUGGCUUUAAAGAAAAUGAAUGAAAUGGUCAGGAAUCGUAGAGAAGGACGAGAAGUCGACAAGGUUUCAUCAGAGAUGUUAAUGGAAGAAACGAAGACAAAAGAAGGAGCUCUCCUUAAAGGCCCUGCGUAUUCAGAAGGUGGCUCGGCCCGUAGGUCCUUCCUUAUCCUCCUCUCCAUCUUUUUGUGUGCGGCCUCGGUUAUGUAUUUGGUGUACAUGAACUUCCCAGAGCUCAGCGAUGAUGAAAGGGGUACGAUGAAAAUCCCCAAGGACAUGGAUGAUGCCAAGGCCCUGGGAACAGUGCUGUCCAAAUACAAGGACACCUACUACACCCAGGUGUUGGUAGCAUAUUUUGCCACAUAUGUUUUCCUCCAGACGUUCGCCAUCCCUGGCUCCAUCUUCCUCAGCAUCCUGUCAGGAUAUCUGUACCCCUUCCCCCUCGCCCUCUUCCUGGUCUGCCUGUGCUCCGGCCUGGGGGCCUCCUUCUGCUACCUGCUGUCCUAUCUGGUGGGCCGGCCUGUUGUCUACAGGUACCUGACAGAAAAGGCACAAAAAUGGUCCCAACAGGUGGACAAGCACAGAGAACACCUGAUCAAUUACAUCAUCUUCCUGCGGAUAACGCCCUUCCUGCCCAACUGGUUUAUCAACAUCACCUCCCCCGUCAUCAAUGUUCCAUUGGGGGUCUUCUUCCUGGGCACCUUCCUGGGUGUGGCCCCUCCCUCCUUUGUGGCGAUAAACGCAGGGACGACGCUGUACAAGCUGACCACUGCGGGAGAGGCGGUGUCCUGGAGCUCACUGGGUGUGCUGGGGGUGCUGGCCAUCCUCUCCAUCCUGCCGGUCUGCUUCCAGAGGAAGCUUCAACAGAAGCUGGAGUAGACCUUCUUCACUGGAUGUGUCCCCCAGCCCAGGAAUGUAACAGGCCAACUCGCUGAGGUGGCUGUGGAAACACUCAGACUUACAGUUUGAAGCUCGGCUUUGUGUCGAUGUGAUGGCUGAACAGUCACUACCUUCACACUUUGUACAGCAACAGAAAUGGUUUGGGCAACCUCCAGUCUUCCUCAGUGUUGAGACGUACCUUCUUUUUGCUCAUCUCAAGAUUUGCUUUCGCUGCGUUUUCAAUGAUUACAAAACAAAAAUCAACACACAAAAAGCUAAACCAGAAUUAAGCACAUAGUUGUGAACAUUUACUAUGUGUUAUUUGUAAACAAUAUAUUUCAUAUGUGUUGUGAUUAUUAUUUUAUUUUAUUUUUUUGCAGAUGAAGUAGAUUCUUGCUCAAUGGAGAACGUGCCUCAGAAUGUCUCAGUUUCUCCAGAUAUGGGUAUCGGUUCUGCCUUGAACACUUCCUUUCCCAGCCCAUGCCCAGCCACACUCAGCCAGCCAUACAGGCCAUGGGUGCCAUGCCAGGCCUGGGCGCUCCCUUUUAAUAAGUAACAGAAAUGAACAGAUGAACUGCAUGAAUGAAAGUCUUGCUGAUAGAUGACCAGGUUCUCCUUAAUGUGGAUUUUGCGGUACAGGACUACUGAAGCAAGUGUCUUUAGCGAUUGUGGUGUUGAUGUUCUGCCUCUGUGGCAGUGUGUCAAUCGCGGUUAUUAGUCCUGGUCACUGUGAGAGACACUCAAGAAGCAGGGACCUCUGAGAUCGGUCUCCUUCUACCACUGUCUUUCUGUAUGACGGAUCUCCUUCUGUCUUUCAUAAUGCUCCCAACUAACUCCCAGUAAACGGUGUGGGUUUGUCUCCACUUACUGCAUCAUUGGCCUCGCGACUGAUACACAAUCCUUCUAGUGUUUGCUUUAAUGUUAGUCUCUCUCCAAUAUGUAUGUUUGCUGUUGAUUGAAAUUUGUGUUGUCUCAUGCCAUGAGAAGUUACUGGAACUUUUGUGUGAAACCAAAGUGGAAUUUAUAUGUGGCAAAGUCGUAUUAUUCUGGUAGAUUUUCAUCUAAUUAGAUCAAGGACCGUGAAUUGAUUUUGUGGAGUAUGCACAUGGUCUGUACUGUGUCUUAUACAGAUCAUGUGAUCAUCGCUCCAACCUCAUCUUGUGUCUGUUUUUUAUGCUCACACAGCUGGAAAUAUGUAGCAGUUUAAGCUGCAGGGAAAAAUCUAUAUUUAUUAACUGUAAUUGUAAUAAUGUAUAAUUAGGUUAUUUGUAUCUCAGUACUUUAAAUACUUUAAGUCUUAUUGAUUCAUUUUAAAUUUAAAUCCAUUAAAAUGCAAUUUAGUGGAAGUGAUACGAAGGUUUUUAGAUAAAUAACUUUCAAUUGAUUAAAAAAUGAAGGAACCCUGAACAAUAACCGAAUGGUAAUCCUUAUUAGUAUCCCUUAAUCAUUUGGACAACCACAGUUUGAAGGUAGAAUAGGUCAGAUUUUUGUGUUAAAACAUUGUUACAAGACCAUUCCUAUCAUUGAAAAAGGCUUACUGACAUGUUGACUCACUCAGCCUGUGUUUUUAUAGGUUUCAAGAUAUGCAGUUGACGAACCAACAAGACAUUGUAUAGCUGUACAAUAAUUCAAGCUCAUUGGUUGAAAAUUGGUUCUAAUUGCCACUGCCAAUGGCGUGGGGGGGUGGGUGGGUUUCAACAUCAGCACGUUCACAGAGAAGGAUAAACAGUGUUGUGGUUUGAGGGUGUUUAUUGCUGCAAUUCCUCUCUUGACCGUGAGAAGUCCAAAUUUAUUGUACCUUUUAAGUGCUUUGUUUUGACUGAGUAUAUGUCUACUGGUGUACAAUGCUCUCACAACCUCGCUGUAAUGCUGUUCUCGCACUGGUCCAGUGUUGCCAAGAACCUCAAAAUACUUGGGCCUAUUAAAUGCCUAUUAAUGUCUGUUGACCUGAUAUACCAUUGAGGAACAUUGAAAAGGCUGUGGAUGGAAGCACAGAUCUGUCUGAAUGAAGCUGGCCAAUAAUGUGUGUACAUCUGAAUAUGCAUCGGUUUUAUUUACUUUAUGGAAUGCAGACGCUACGCCCUAAUUUGGGUUAUUUUCAUUCAGACUGGGAGAAUAUAGAGGUGGCAACAGAUUGAGAUUACGGUGCCAUAGUAGGGGAUCAAAUCUCUAUCUCAUAAAGAAUGUGGAUGUGUGAAUGUUUGUAUGGACAGGAAUCCAUUUUUUUUGGAAACGGUCCCCACUGUCCACUCCAUCUGUGGAUGAUCAGCAUCUUGCAGCCUCUACUCUUCUCUCUGACAGAUUAGAUUCCAUCGUACUGUAGGGUUUGUUUAUUCUGUGAUACUGAUGGUUGUAUUGGGUAGUUUUUGUAUUGUCUAGUCUGCCAGGUUUCUUUUGCCACUUCCAAACAGUGACUGCAAUGUUGUUACAGUACUUUUAUCUGUUUAUUCACCUCCUUCAAUGGUCUUAUUAAAGAGGAUGGGCCAUUUUCCUCAUUGGAGCUGAUUGCGGCAGGCACCUGCAUUCAGUGGACCCGUUUUUAUGCAGCCACAGUGUUAAAUGGGACACACGAACAGAAAAUGUAUUGAUGCAUGAUCUAUGUUUUUUCUUUUAACUGCUUUCAUUCUUCAUAAAAAAACAUUUAUGAUUCAGAUAUUUAUUAGAAAUAUGUUGAUAAUAAUAAAUUAUAUAUAUAUAAAGGA